AAAUAGUUAAAUAAAUAAGAAUUUUCUUUUGGAAUAGUUAAUUUAGAUCUAUUAGAAAUAAUGAAGCUCUUUAAGCAUAGAAAUUUUAGCUUGUUGCGAACUUAAAAGCAAUUUUUUAGUAACAGUAUGAGUGGCAAAAUGCCUAACGGGCAAACAGUUCCUUAUGCAAAUAGGAUGGAUUUAGCUGAUAUUUAAGGAAGGGAGCUUCCUCUUGUUAAUAAAAUAAAAGACAUAAUUUUAGAAAAAGGACCAAUUAGUAUGAACGAAUAUUGGAAUAUUUCUCUAUUAGAUGAAAAACAUGGAUAUUAUAUGAAGAAUGAUGUGAUUACUGCUAAAGGAGAUUUUAUAACUUCAGUAGAAAUAUCGUAAAUGUUUGGUGAAAUAUUAGGUAUAUGGGCUAUAAAUUUCCUGUAAUAGAUAAAAGCAAUUGACUUACAAAGUUAAAAGAGAGACAGAAGUAAAAAGAGGUUUUCUUUGUUGGAAUUUGGACCAGGAAGAGGUACUCUUAUGAGUGAUAUUAUCAGAGUACUAGCUUAAUUUGAUUUGUUGGAUGGUAUUGAAAUAAAUUUCGUAGAAUUCUCUCCAUUCAUGAGAAAGCUUCAAUAAGAAAAAGUAGUUAAGGAACUUCAAAACAGGGGAAUAUACAUGACUUACAAUGUGGACAAGGCAAAGAGGAGUCAAGUGGAGGAAUUUAGAUGCGAAGACCAUGAUAGGUUCGUGUGUCUGAGGUGGUUUAAAAUGUAUGAAAAUAUGCUUUUUGAGGAUUUUGGUGACUACGCUCUUUAGCAGCUAGACAAAGAACAUGCAAAAACACUUACUCCUAUUGUUGUUUUCGCUCACGAAUUCUUUGAUGCCCUACCAGCAAAUGUUUUUGUUUAUCAAAAUAAUUACGGAUGGUGUGAGAAAUUAGUAAAUAUCUGCCAUGAUCCAUCUAAAAUGCGUAAUUUUGAAUACAUUACUACAGACGGACCUAAUGAAAACGUAAAAAAAAUUUUGAGACCAAAUGUUUCUUUUACAGAAGAACAGAAAAAAAACAUUAAGCAUGGAGAUCAAAUAGAAGUCCAACCAAAGUCACUUGUUAUCACAAAUUCUCUAGCUGAAUUAAUUUCAAAAAGAAACGGAGCUAUGCUAGCUAUUGACUAUGGUGAGAACCAAGCCUUCUCAGACAGUAUUAGAGGUAUUAGAAGACACAAAUUUAUUAAGAAUGAGGACAUUUUAGAAUAUCCUGGAGAAAUCGAUCUUUCUGCCUACGUCAAUUUUGCUCAUUUGUCUUAAGCUGCCAAAAAGGUUCCUGGAAUUAGCACACCUAAUCCUAUACCACAAGGCUUAUUUUUAGAAUCUAUGGGUCUAAACACUAGAUUGGAAAUGCUCUGUAGACAAGUCAACCAAAUAAAGCAGAAACAAUUCGAGUAAGAGUAUUUUAGGUUAGUUGCUCCUGAAGAAAUGGGUGGAACCUACAAAGCCUUUUAUAUGGGACUAGAAAAAAAUGGAGAAAUUUUUCCAUUCAUUGAAGAACACUAGCAAGUCUAUUAUUGAUUAUUUGUAUACUCAAAAUAACUUUAUGUACUUUUUUCUUUUACAAUAAAUAAAAAACACACAUCUUAUUUCUUUCUAAAGACUUAAAAAUAUCUAUCUAUCUAUCUUAACGUAUUUUAAAAAGUAUAUCUUUAAAUUUAUAAAUAUGUAAACGUAUUUUUAUAAAAUAAUACAUGCUAAAAAGUACUUUGUUCAAAGUUAAU